AUGUCUAAUCAUGUUUGUGAUGCCGUUAGGCAUAAAACUAAAAAAUUCAGCUUUAAGAGAAAGCCUUUUAAUGUGAAUCAAACUGGACAGGUGGGUAAAGUGCAUGAACACCAUAAACAGCCAGAGGCUAGUCAACCAAAUCAGGCCGAAAAGCAGACACCAGAACCAAGAAAACCGACCACAGAAACCAGAAAACCGACACCAGAAACCAGAAAAUUGACACCAGAAACCGGAAAAUUGACACCAGAAACCGGAAACUAUCCAGAAUGUGUUAGUAUGUGUAAAAGCCAAAACGAACAAACUGAAAAAAUAACUGAUAAUGAUGUUGCAAUGCCUGACGGAUUUGAAAAUAAAGCAACGCAAACAAGAAUUUGUUGUAUUCAUAAUCGUUGCAAGAGAAAACAGCGGAGACGAAACGGAAAUUUCUUUCAAGACACGUGGUCUUGUUUAACGAAAUUGUGUAAAUAA